UGGGGGUUAAACUCCUCAUGGCAUGGCAUGAAGUGUCCGUGUGAGGUACAUUUACAUUAGACGUGCAUGUUUGUGGUGGUGUUGACAUUUCAUACAUGUUUUAAUGCUCACCCAAAAGUGCCAAUAACACUGCGUUUAGGCUAUAACUUUUCUGGAGACUAGUCGUAUUCCCCUUAGUAGAAAUCUCUAUGGAUUCUGGCCCUUGUGCUGGUGUCAGACUAGUGUCCAAUCAAGUGUCUCAUUUCAUAUCUGUCUGUGGCAGCCCAUCUGGACAGGGAUCUGUAGCAGAGAUCCACUUGACUGAAUACCUAGAGGACACUCCCCUCCCAUCUCCCUCCAAGGAAAAUAGAGAAACAGACAUUUACUUUGACUGUGACAGUUCAGUGGAAUUGUACACGCCAUCAAAGGAGGAGGCCCCCAUUCGCCUUCCUAAGAAGAAGAAGCCAUUAUACCUGGAAAAAUGUGCUGUUGUCAACACUGAGAGUGAAGAAGGUGAAAGUGAGUCUGGUUCCUCCGUGGUCGGCCCAGGACAAGCCGACAAUGAGCAGCAGCUAGAUCCGGUGUGGAAGAAAAGUUCCGUGGACGCAUCAGAUUUAAGUACAAGAGAAGAGUUGGAAGAUAAGCAGGUUUUGGGGAGGCUGGCGCAGGUUCCCGUAGCUGUACAGGAGGAGGGUCUUGAUGUUGAUGUCUUCAUGAGAGCAUUAGUGAGGGCCAUGUACAGAGGUUAUGAGACUGUGACUUCCAUACUUCAGCCAUCUGGCCUAAUGAUGUCUAAUGAUGAGGUAGGAGAACCAGACUCAAGACCACUUUCUCCAUCUGAGUUUGAGAUCCUACCACCUGAAGCCUUUUCUGAUGCAUUGGAGGAACUCCCAGUCAUGGUCACAGACUCAUCACCGGUCCAGUUGGCCCACAAGAAUGAAACGACUGAAGAGACUGGCAGGCUAAGCUUAGUGGAGACUUUGUGUUUAGCUGCUGUGGAGCAAGAGAUGUUCAAGGACCCAAUCACCAAAAUUGAGCAAGAGGUCAAACCUCUGAAGGAGUCCACCAAACCACAUAAAGAGACUACCAAACCACUGAAGGAGAGCACAGAACCACUGAAGGAGGGCACAGAACCACUGAAGGAGAGCACAGAACCACUGAAGGAGAGCACAGAACCACUGAAGGAGAGCACAGAACCACUGAAGGAGAGCACAGAACCACUGAAGGAGAGCACAGAACCACUGAAGGAGAGCACAGACCCACUGAAGAAGAACACAGACCCACUGAAGAAGAACACAGAACCACUGAAGCAGAGCACAGACCCACUAAAGAAGAACACAGAACCACUGAAUCAGAGCACAGAACCACUAAAGAAGAACACAGAACCACUGAAUCAGAGCACAGAACCACUGAAGGAGAGCACAGACCCACUGAAGAAGAACACAGAACCACUGAAGGAGAGCACAGACCCACUGAAGGAGACUAACACUGCGAAGGGUAAACCAGAGAAGGAUGUUCGCGUCCACCUGUGUUACCACCUGUAAAAAACGAAAAGGAUUCAAAAAGCUGUACAGACAAUUUCCCACCACUGAGAGAAGCAGAGCUGGAUGAAAUAGCUUAUGAGGAGUGCUUGGAAGACUAUGACGACGACGCCACCCCUAUCGUUAACUACACUAAAGCCCGUAAAGAGACAGUCAAGGGAAAGACCAAGAUC